CGCAAGUCCAGGUGCAGCGCCACUUUCUUUAACAGCGUUACCUUUAAAGGCGUGACGCAAAGAUAAUGGAAAAUCUAGCUGUACUGCGUAUAAGUCGAUUGCCUAAAUAUUUCGAACCCGCGGAACUGAGAAAGUACCUAGAACAAUUUGGUAAAGUGUACGAGCUUUAUAUUCCGAAAUCGAGAAAGACUUGUAGGUGGAAAGACCAUGCUUUUGUUCGAAUGUCUAAGGAAGUUGCUCCACUGGUUGCGUCAACGUUGAACAAUCUGUUGGAAUUUAACAAAAUUAUAAAAUGUGAGGUCCUGGCAAACAAUAAACGGCUGUUUAGAACAAAUAGAUAUUCACGAACUUCAACACAAGCCGUAGCAGAUGAACAGCAAACAGUAGCAACAAUAAAACGUGUUACUGCACUGAAUGCUCGUAAACCAUUAAAUAUCCCAAAAUAUUCAGCAAGGAAAUCUUUACCCGUUGCUGUUCGUAGACGCGCACGCAACCUUCAAAAACGCAUUGGAGCAAUUAAAAAGGUCAACCCAAAUUUCAAAUUUACGAGUGUGAACAAUAAAUAAUUUCCCUUAGAUAAUAAAUCUCUUG